AUGGAUAGCACAAAGGAGAAGAGUGACAGUGCAAAGGAGAAGAGUGACAAUUGCAAAGAUGAUCUUCUGCUCAGGAUGGGACUUAAUGAUAAUAAAGCUGGAAUGGAAGGAUUAGAUAAGGAGAAAAUUAACAAAAUUAUAAUGGAAGCCACAAAGGGGUCCAGAUUUUAUGGAAAUGAGCUCAAGAAAGAAAAGCAGAUCAACCAACGAAUUGAAAAUAUGUUGCAACAAAAAGCUCAAAUUACCAGCCAGCAGCUGAGGAAGGCACAAUUACAGGUCGACAGAUUUGCAAUGGAACUGGAACAGAGCCGGGAUCUGAACAGUACCAUAGUGCACAUUGACAUGGAUGCUUUCUAUGCAGCAGUAGAAAUGAGGGACAAUCCAGAAUUGAAGGAUAGACCCAUUGCUGUGGGAUCAAUGAGCAUGCUGUCUACUUCAAAUUACCACGCAAGGAGAUUCGGUGUUCGUGCAGCCAUGCCAGGAUUUAUUGCUAAAAGACUCUGCCCACAGCUUAUUAUAGUGCCCCCAAACUUUGACAAAUACCAAGCUGUGAGUAGAGAGGUUAAGGAAAUCCUUACUGACUAUGAUCCCAAUUUUAUGGCCAUGAGUCUUGAUGAAGCCUACCUGAAUAUAACAAAGCAUUUAGAGGAAAGAAAAAAUUGGCCUGAAGACAAAAGGAAGUAUUUCAUCACAGCAGGGACCUCUCUAGAAAACGAUAAUCCAGGAAAGGAAGUUAACAAACUGAGUGAGCUGGGAAGAUCCAUCUCUCCACUCCUUUUUGAAGAUAGUCCUCCUGAGUUGCAGUCCCCAGGAAAUCCUUUCCAAGUGAACUCUGAAGAACCGAAUAAUCCUCAAACACACCAAAACUCAGUUGUUUUUGGAACAUCAGCUGAGGAAGUGGUGAAGGAAAUCCGUUUCAGGGUCGAGCAGAAAACAGCCCUCACAGCCAGUGCCGGCAUUGCACCCAAUACGAUGUUAGCAAAAGUAUGCAGUGAUAAGAAUAAACCAAAUGGACAAUACCAAAUUCUACCUAACAGGCAAGCUGUAAUGGACUUCAUCAAGGACUUACCCAUUAGAAAGGUUUCUGGAAUAGGAAAAGUUACAGAGAAAAUGUUAAAGGCCCUUGGAAUUAUUACUUGUACAGAACUAUACCAACAGAGGGCAUUACUUUCUCUCCUUUUCUCUGAAACAUCUUGGCAUCAUUUCCUUCAUAUUUCCCUUGGUCUAGGUUCAACACACCUGGCAAGGGAUGGAGAGAGGAAAAGCAGGAGUGUUGAGAGGACAUUCAGUGAGAUAAGUAAAGCAGAAGAACAGUACAGCUUGUGCCAAGAACUUUGCAGUGAACUUGCUCAAGAUCUGCAGAAAGAAGGACUUAAGGGUAGAACUGUUACCAUUAAGCUAAAGAAUGUGAACUUUGAAGUAAAAACUCGUGCCUCUACAGUUUCAGCUGUUGUUUCAACUGCAGAAGAAAUAUUUGUUAUUGCUAAAGAACUGCUAAGAACAGAAAUUGAUGCGGAUUUCCCACAUCCUUUGAGAUUAAGACUUAUGGGGGUGCGGCUCUCUGGUUUUCCCAAUGAAGAGGAGAAGAAACACCAGCAAAGGAGCAUUAUUGGCUUCUUACAGCCUGGAAACCAAGCCCUUUCAGCCACCAGUUGUAUACUAGAGAAAACUGACAAAGAUCAGUUUCUAAAACCUGCACAAACGUCUCAUAAGAAGAGUUUCUUUGAUAAAAAACGAUCUGAAAGGAAAGCGAGCCCCCAAGACACAUUUACAUGUGAAACCGUAAAUAAACAAAGUUUGCAAACAUCACAGUCAUUCCAAGUUUUAAACAAGAAGAUGAGUGAGAAUUUAGAAGUGGUGGAGAAAUCACAUAACUGUCAGACAUUUACCUGUCCAGUUUGCUUUAGGGAGCAAGGAAGCAUCAGUCUAGAAGCCUUUAAUAAACAUGUAGAUGCAUGUCUUGAUGGACCUUCCAUCAGUGGAAACCCCAAAAUGUCCUCAUGUUCACACGCUUCCUCUGCAGAAGUGAACGAGAAAGAAAAUGUAUAUGGUUCUGUUUCUCUCUGUGAGAAGCGAGGUUAUGAAACCCACCAGAAGAAUACAGAGAUCAUGUCAGUAGAUCCUGUAGAGCUGGUAGAGACUACUGGUAAACCAUCAAAUACAGAUGAUAUAGGGGUUUUAAGUAAUAAGCUGAGCGAAGAGGAAUGUUCUGGUCCUUCAAGCAAAUCAUUUAAUAUGGAACACUGUCCUCAGAAUUCUUGUACCGUUUCACUGGAAAAUGAAGAUGUUGGGUCAUUAAGAAGGCAAGAAUCCCCCCAACCUAAUUUAUAUGAAGUAAUCAGUGACCAAGUUCUAGUUUGUCCUGUUUGUAACCUAGAACAAAAGACUUCAGAUCUUACCCUAUUCAAUGUGCAUGUAGAUGUUUGCUUAAAUAAAGGCAUUAUCCAGGAACUGAGAGAGGAUAAGAUUAAUCCAUGUAACCAACCCAAAGAAAGCACCAAAAGUACUGAUAACUUAGGCAAAGUGCAGAAGACUGGGAACAAAGCAAAAAGGCCAGGAUUGAUGACAAAGUACUCAGCAUCAAAGAAAACAAGACCAAACAAUCCAAGACACACUCUUGAUGUAUUUUUUAAAUGA